AUGAGCACGAGUCGAGACACCGAGGCGGAGGAUGCCAACAUAACAUACCCUUCGCCUGGAGCCGAGGCCAUGGAGGCCGGUCCCUUCUACAACACCGGAGGUCGAGAGGGCGCACAGGAUCACCAAGAACACCAUGAGCACCAUGAGGCCCAUCAUGAGCCGCACCAUGAGCAGCCAGAGCAUCAUGUCCCUGACCAGGUGCAGCAUGUGCCGGUCCCCGAGCAUGAUCAGGGCGAACUGCCUCCGCCAGAGCCGGAGACCCCUCAGCAGCACAUCACUCGUCCCGCCAAUCUUGAAGAGCUGCAGCUGGCCGCCCAGCUGGGCCAGGGCCUGGCUGGGACCUCCAUGAUGCCCACCACAGACCCCAACAUGAAUGUUGAAGAUCCCAACCUGCGGAGCAUCAUGCCUCAUCCCGAGCCUGACCAGCAACAAACUCCGUCUUAUGUGCAAGACACUCCCACUACCGAUCCGAUGGUGCCACAUGCUAUGCCCGUCCCAGUUGGCCCGCCCAUGCCUCCCCAGUAUCCCAUCGACAACAGCAUCCCACCUCGCAAGCGGUCCAAGGUCUCAAGAGCAUGUGAUGAGUGCCGACGCAAGAAGAUUAAGUGUGACGCUCAGUCAGAUACUGGAGAAGCCCCCUGCUCUAGCUGUGCCCGAUCUUCCAUCAGAUGCUUGUUUAGCCGUGUGCCUCAGAAACGAGGUCCAAGCAAAGGAUAUAUCAAGGAACUGGCCGAUCGCAUUCACAGCAUCGAGAACAAGCUCGAGUCAGAAGGUGCACUGAGCCAAGAUGAUAUUGAUAGGCUCUUCGUCUCGGACAGGCCACGCCAAAGUCAAGGAGAGGAUUCCAACCGUAAACGGCCUUUCUCGAGUAUCUCGACAAAUGACUUUGCCACGCCUUCACGCCAAACACCAUGGGGCUCGGAGCACCGGAUCCAGCCGUCCCCUGGGACAUCGGAGGGAUAUGCUCCUUACAGCACGGGCUCGUUGGCUCCCCAGCCUACCGCCAUCAAGACGGAUGAAACACCCUCUAAGCCCCCCAUGGCUGCCAUGGACAUCACCAUGUCUGACACCGGUGAGGUGACUGAUGUCGAUGAGGGCAUGCUGCACAGCUACCUGUCGAGCGUCCAGCCAGUCUAUCCGAUACUGCCAAGCAACAAGAGCCGGCUGCAAGCUCUCCUCGCGCAAUGCCCGUCAUCUGUUCAGACGGCAUUUGUCAACGCUCUCCCCGCUGUGACAUCGUCUGGUGGCGAUACAAAAUUGGCGAGUGCUCUUCUCAACGAGUGGGAGAGCAACGAGGCAUCGCACACGCAGGCCACUAACAUUGUCCAUGCACAAGCGCUCUUGUUGCUCAUCAUUGACGCUGACUGGCGAUCAUCCCCAACUCUUCCAUUCCUGCUGGCUCGAGCCGUCGCGCUGGCCAACUCGAUGAAGCUCUGGAGAUAUACCCCCAUGGAAUCAGCGUCAGAACCAGACUCUGAUGAUCAGCUGUGUGUGCGGAUAUGGUGGUCCCUGAUCCUCAUGGAUCGCUGGUAUGCGGCAGGCACAGGAAAGCCGGCGCAAAUACCUGACAGUAGCGUUGUCGCGCCCCCUGGCCUCGAGAACAUGCUCGGAGAAGUGUGCUUCUAUCUCGUCCGACUGUCGAAACUGCUCAACCGUGUGUCACAUGUUGUAUCAACACUUCAACCUGGAGCAUCAACAACAGAGGAGCCGAUGGCGGCGAUUCUGGUGGACUAUAUCGAGAACUACAGGGAAGACUUGCCAGCACAUAUUGAACCUGCCUCGCACCCCAUGGUUCACCUCGCGUACUGGCAUUGCAAGCUCCUUGUGACUCUACUAAGGCCCGGGGCGACGCCAGCCGAGACGAUGUGGCCUACCAAGGAAUUGGUCAACCUGCUCUUCGCAAACGGACACCUGCGCAGCCCCCUCGUCAACCACUUUGCUUCACUGGUCUCCAUGUCGUUAACGAAGCUGUGCAAGAUUGACAGCUCGCGAGAGGAAGCGACGCAAUUGAUCAAGGACAUUGCGGAGAAACCCCCUGGAAUAUGGGACGGCGUCCGUGAUAAGCUCUCGGAACAGACGCGCCCUACGUCCUCAGUGGAGGCAACGGCGAGCCAGGGUCUCCAGCACCUGGCGGAUCUCGCGACGGCACACGAAGGCAUCGCACCGGGAGGUGAUGAUAUCGCCUUUGGCCCGUCGCUGGCAUCGGGGUAUCUGGAUGUUGCAUAG